UCUAUACAAGCUGUAUUAAAACAGAACACUUCAGUGUGAAUGAGAUGGAUAUGUUUACAGAUAAGAGUUUUGGACAGAGAAACUCUCAAAUUUUCAGUGCGUUGAAACCUUCCAAACUUUGGUGUCUAUCUAUAAGUCCACACGACAUUAUAACCUAAAAGACGAACAUCGGUAUCAAAAUUCCGUGAAACAUCAACCUGCAAUAUCAUCAAAUCGUAGGAUAAUUUUUAACUAGCCGUUUUGUAUAACGUGCCAAAAAUAUCUUAGUUUUAAUAAUAGGUGGCAGCGCAUUGUGGCACUAGAACGGAAGGGGCGUAUCGUUUAUUGUUGGGCGACCGGAAGUAUUUAUGAAGGUUCAAUCUUUAGAAAGUUGCUUGUUUUCGGCUUAAACAUCGAGAAAAUGCCAAUGACGCCUCAAUUAUCUCCUGUUGAGGAUCAGGAAAAGCUGUUGGGCGAGGCUUUGGGAGUUGUCAAAACUCAGGCACUUCAAAUGAAAAUGUGUCUUGAUAGAAGCAAGCUUAUGGAUGGACUUAAACACGCCUCAACUAUGCUUGGUGAAUUGCGGACGUCUUUACUAUCACCUAAGAGCUAUUAUGAAUUAUAUAUGGCAAUAACUGAUGAGCUUCGUCAUUUGGAAUUAUACCUGUUUGAUGAAUUCCAGAAGGGACGCAAAGUUGCUGAUUUGUAUGAGCUUGUACAGUAUGCUGGAAAUAUUGUACCCAGAUUGUACCUGUUGAUCACUGUUGGACUGGUAUACAUCAAGACGAAUACUUGCCUUAAGCGCAAUUUGCUGAAGGACAUGGUAGAGAUGUGUCGAGGAGUUCAGCAUCCUCUUCGAGGCUUGUUCUUGCGGAACUAUUUGUUGCAGUGCACACGCAAUGUGUUGCCAGAUGUUGCCGAGCCAGAGGAUGAGUCAGAAGGCUCGGUUAAGGAUUCCAUCGACUUUGUCCUGAUGAACUUUGCAGAGAUGAACAAGUUGUGGGUGCGUAUGCAACAUCAGGGACACUCACGUGAUAGGGAACGACGGGAACGUGAACGGGAGGAGUUGCGUAUUCUUGUGGGCACUAACCUAGUUCGACUGUCGCAACUGGAGACUGUCAACCUUGACAAAUACAAGAAGCUGGUGUUACCUGGAAUUCUAGAGCAAGUGGUCAGCUGUAGAGAUGCAAUUGCACAGGAAUAUCUGAUGGAAUGUAUUAUACAGGUUUUUCCAGAUGAAUUCCACCUGCAGACAUUGCAUGCAUUUCUCAAAUCAUGUGCAGAGUUACAAACCGGAGUAAAUGUCAAGAAUAUUAUUAUAUCUCUCAUUGAUCGACUGGCUACCUUCUCCCAGAGGGCAGAUAGCGCAGUGGGGUCUGCUGGCAUCCCUAGUGAUGUCCGUCUCUUUGACGUGUUUUCCGAUCAGGUUGCGACUAUUAUUCAGUCACGACAAGACAUGCCACCUGAAGACAUUGUGUCCUUGCAAGUAUCACUGGUGAACCUGGCACAUAAGUGCUACCCAGAUCGUGUGGAUUAUGUUGACAAAGUUUUGCUCACUACAGUGCAGAUCUUCCAGAAGAUGAAUGUUGACAGGAUUGAAUACAACACUGCUGUAUCUCGUGAACUAACUAGGCUGAUGAGGAUUCCAGUUGACAACUACAACAAUCUCUUAACAGUUCUCCAGUUGCAGCACUAUGGCCCUCUAUUAGACCUCUUUGACUAUCAUGGUCGAAAGAACUUGGCUGCUUAUCUAGUCACUAAUGCUCUUGAAAAUGAGACCCUAGUUCCAACGCAGGAGCAGGUAGAUGCUGUUUUAACAAUGCUUUCACCAUUAAUCCAAGAUCAGUCAGACCAGCCCCCUGGAGAGGAGGACCCAGAGGAUUUUGCUGAGGAACAGAGUUUACUGGGGAGGUUUAUACACCACUUACGCUCAGAUAUUCCUGACCAGCAGUACUUGAUCCUUAGCACAGCACGGAAACAUUUUGGGGCCGGGGGAAACCAGCGUAUCAAGUACACACUACCGCCUAUAGUUUUUCAAGCAUAUCAGCUUGCCUUUAAAUACAGGACACUCAGCAAUGAGGAUGAGGUGUGGGAAAAGAAGUGCCAAAAAAUUUUCCAGUUCUGUCACCAAACAAUCACUGCUCUUAUCAAAGCAGAGCUGGCAGAACUUCCAUUGCGACUCUUUCUUCAAGGAGCUAUCGCAGUUGCGCGUAUGGAGUUUGAGAACCAUGAGACAGUUGCAUAUGAAUUUAUGUCCCAGGCAUUUUCCCUGUAUGAGGAUGAAAUCUCAGACAGCAAAGCUCAGCUAGCAGCCAUCACACUUAUUGUUGCUACAUUUGAGCAGAUGUCAUGUUUUAGUGAAGAAAACCACGAACCCUUGAGGACGCAAUGCGCAUUGGCAGCCUCAAAACUACUUAAGAAGCCAGAUCAAUGCCGUGGUGUUGCCACAUGCUCCCAUCUGUUUUGGUCUGGCAAGAAUGUUGCAACUAAAGGACAAGAAAUGCACGAAGGAAAACGAGUUCUGGAGUGCCUCAAGAAAGGUGUUCGAAUAGGAAACCAAUGUAUGGACCCAUCGGUGCAAGUUCAGUUGUUUGUUGAACUCCUGAAUCACUACAUUUACUUCUACGAGAAAGAUAAUAAUCAGGUUACAGUACAGAUGCUGAACCAGCUGAUCAGCAAAAUACGAGAAGAGUUACCAAAUCUAGAAGCUAAUGAGGAGACGGAACAAAUAAAUAAGCAUUUCACGAACACUUUGGAACAUCUUCGGAAUAGGUUAGAAUCUCCAGAAUCGGAAGGUUUGUCAUAUGAUGGUCUUAUUCUAUAGAUAUCACUGAGAUGGAGUCCAUUCUGGCCCUUGAGUCAUGUGAGUAAUUAUUUUCUGGAUGUGAAUAUUUUUCAGCGCAGUGUGAACAGGUUGUAAUUUGUUUGUCUCUCACACUCCAUGUUGUUGGGUGGUGGAAUUAUCAAAAACAGCGCUAACAUUAUCGACAAAUGCAUAUGCGGGUCUUAUGGUUCUUAUGUAUCAGGUGUGUUGGCUGAAUUUGUGAUUAUUUCAGGCUACAAUUCAAUUUGAAUACAAUUGAAGUUAAUAAUUUUCUUUGUACAAUUUUUGGAAUAUUGAUUUAUUAUUUAUAUUGUUUGAAUUACAAUUCAUUCUGAAGAAGAUAAAUUUUUGACAUACAUGUUUUGUUGAUGUUGAAACAGAAGUCAAUGGUGUUUUAUUUUGAAACAUAUUAUAAGACGUUCUUUGGCUCACAUUCGAGUGCCAUUUGUAAUAAUUUUAUAUCCUGUGAAUAGUAAGUUACAAUAGUUUUUGUUGUUUUGCACGUCUAUAGUUUCAGAUUCUAUAAGAUAUUAUGGUGGCACUGUAGUGCAAAUUAGUAAUACUCUUAAUAUACCAAAUUGAAUUCAUAAGUAAAUUUUCUGCUUUGUUUUUUUGUAAUUCAUGUUCUAGUCUCCCCAUCAUUACUAAUUCUUCUUCUUCUAUGGCUCUCCGGUCCGUAUUUGGUCCGUAGCCUCCCCAGUUCUCUUCCAUUCGGUCCUCUGUUAGGUCCGUCU